CUUCAUUAUUCUCCGUCGCUCAACCGCACCUCCCGUCACUGGCGUUGUUUGAUAAACCGAGUAGACGCUCAUUUCCUCUUGAUUGCAACAGCUCAGCUCAGUCAUUCUUCCUCUUCCAACAGACCUGCUUCAGUUCCGCUCCGCGCUUUGACUAUCAAAUCGCCAUCAUGCCGCACGCGUACCCGUUCCUGAGCACCGAGCAGAAGAAGGAGUUGAGCGACAUCGCUCAGAGGAUCGUCGCCCCCGGGAAAGGCAUCCUCGCCGCCGAUGAGUCAACAGGCAGCGUUGCCAAGCGGUUCCAGAGCAUCAACGCGGAGAACACGGAGGAGAACCGGCGUCUGUACCGGCAGCUGCUGUUCACGGCGGAGCACAUCGAGCCCUGCAUCGGCGGCGUCAUCUUCUUCCACGAGACGCUGUACCAGAAGACGGACGAGGGCCAGCUGUUCCCCGAGCUCGUCAAGCAGCGCGGCAUGGUGGUGGGCAUCAAGGUGGACAAGGGCGUCGUGCCGCUCGCCGGGACCAACGGAGAGACCACCACCCAGGGUCUGGACGGUCUGUACGAGCGCUGUGCUCAGUACAAGAAGGACGGCGCGGACUUCGCCAAGUGGCGCUGCGUGCUGAAGAUCACGGACACCACGCCCUCCGAGCUCGCCAUCCUGGAGAACGCCAACGUGCUGGCACGCUACGCCAGCAUCUGCCAGAUGCAUGGCAUCGUGCCCAUCGUGGAGCCCGAGAUCCUCCCUGACGGAGACCAUGACCUGGCGCGCUGCCAGUAUGUGACCGAGAAGGUUCUAGCGGCCGUGUACAAGGCUCUGUCGGACCACCACGUGUACCUGGAGGGAACCCUGCUGAAGCCCAACAUGGUGACCGCCGGCCACUCCUGCAGCCAGAAGAACGCGCCGCAGGAGAUCGCCAUGGCAACCGUCACCGCACUGCGCCGCACCGUCCCCCCCGCCGUCCCCGGCGUGACCUUCCUGUCGGGCGGGCAGAGUGAGGAGGAGGCGACGCUGAACCUGAACGCCAUGAACGUGUGUCCUCUGGGCCGGCCCUGGGCCCUCACCUUCUCCUACGGCCGCGCCCUGCAGGCCUCCGCACUCAAGGCCUGGAGCGGCAAGCCGGAGAACAGCAAGGCCUGCCAGGACGAGUUCAUCAAGAGGGCCAAGAACAACAGCCAGGCGGCGUUUGGGAAGUACGUGUCCAGUGGCUCUGAUGGAGCAGCAGCAGGAGAGUCCCUCUAUGUGGCCAACCACGCCUACUGAACACACACACACACACACACACACACACACACACACCGACAUGCACACCCCUCGUCUCCAUAGCAGCGGUUGCCACCUCAUUCUCCCCAGAGCCCAGAGCUCUAUAACAUGACCCCCCUCCCCUCCCCCUCCCCUUCCAGAGUGUGUGUGUGUCCGUGUGUGUGUCCAUCUCUAAUUCAGAGAUGCAGCAACAUGUGUGUGUGUGUGCACUCACUGAUGUUGGUCACUUCCAGAACGGCAUGUGUGUGUGUGUGCGCGCUCGGACGGUGUGCUCAUGACUCUAAUUUAGCCAGUAGUGUUGAGGUGUGUGCUUACACACACACACACACACACACACACACACACACACACACACACACACACACACACUCCCAGAGGUUGGCCAGGGGUUAGUGUUGCCAGUAUAGCUGCACCAGCAGUGUAUAGACCCCCAGCUUCCUCUCUCCUCCCUCUCUCCUCUCCUCCCUCUCUCCUCUCCUCCACUGUAAUCACUCUUAAUCUCUCCAUCAUUCCCAUCAUGCUCUGCUCCCGCCCAGCGCGUUGCCAUGGCACCCAGCCUGAUGGCGGAGUCAGACAGACGCUCUAACUGCUGAUGUUUCGUUUGUUUGUUUGUUUGUUGAUUGGUUGGUUUGUUGUUGUUGUUGUUGUUGUGUAGUAACGCUUGCACAGCACCAGAUGAAUUAAUUAAAUGGUACCUAUUCACCAUA